AUGAUUUUCUAGCAAUGACUUUUUAAGUACUACGAAUCGCAAAUCAGUAAAUUGCUGGCAAGAUGUCAAUUAACGUAGAGAUAAAGUUCCGCCGAGCGAACAAAGUUUACUACGAAGGGGAAACGGUAUCGGGCGUGGUACAAGUUGUCUGUGGUUCGGAAGUGAAACACGAAGGAAUCACGGUGACCCUCGAGGGUUCGGUAAACUUACAAAUUAGCAAUAAAAACGUCGGCAUCUUCGAGGCGCUCUACAACAGUGUGAAACCGAUCACGCUUCUCAAUCAGCACAGCGAUCUGGCUCCGUCGGGCAAGCUUCCGAUCGGUACGAGCGAGUUUCCGUUUGAAUUCCCGUUAAUAUGUCCGCGGGAGCCGAAAACGUUGUACGAAACAUACCACGGUGUCUUCGUAAACAUAACAUACAUGCUGCGGUGCGAUAUAAAGCGUAGCUUUCUGGCGAAAAGUGUUCAACGAGUUCAACAAUUCAUCAUCCAAUACCGACCCGUCGUGGAGCGGCCUCCAAAGGAGGUUCAGUUCUCCAUCAGUCCCGACACGCUGCAGAAAACGGCCAAAGAGCGGAUCUCUAUUCCACGAUUUCUCAUCUCCGGAACACUCGAUUCGACGGACUGUUGUGUGACAAAACCGUUCACGGGCACAGUGACCGUGCACCACACGGAGGUGGCGAUCAAAUCGAUCGAAAUACAGUUGGUACGAGUGGAAACGUGCGGCUGUGCGGAAGGGUACUCGCGUGAUGCAACCGAAAUACAGAAUAUUCAGAUAGCGGACGGCAAUGUCUGCCCGAAGGUGGCGAUUCCGAUCUAUAUGACGCUCCCGAGAUUGUUCACGUGUCCGACCCUGAUAACGAAGAAUUUUAAAGUUGAGUUUGAGGUGAAUCUCGUAAUAAUCUUCGGUGAUGACUAUCUGGUGACGGAAAACUUUCAAAUACUUCUAAACAGAACAGCAUAAUACGAAGUGGUCCGCGGUUGUCUCCAUUCCAAUCGUUUUUUUCCCCUGAAGCAAUAAAUCUCGUCUCUUAGUUCUCACAA